GCUCUGGAAAAAGCAUUUAUUUGUACACGAUCAAUAAUAACAAAACGUGUUUCUCUGAUUUGUGUUUUAUUAACGUAUUUUUUUGCGAUAUGGAGGCACCAAUGUACGUCAAGAGGUUCUCAGAAAGACCAACAAAUCCAAAAGAAUUGAUAAAAUGGAAAAACGAAAAAAAAGCCCGGAAAAGAAAAUUAAAGGAAGAAAAACUGCUCGCACAGAUGAAGAAGAAAAAGGAAGAAGAACAAGCAGAAGAGACACAGAACAUGAAACUGGUGGAGGAGGAACAGACACAGAAAAUUAAAGGUCGGCCAUAUACAGUGUCGAUUGCCGUACCGGGAUCUAUCCUGGAUAAUGCCCUAACUCCAGAACUGAGGACAUAUCUUGCUGGGCAGAUUGCCAGAGCUGCUGCAGUGUUCAAUGUGGAUGAAAUCAUUGUGUUUGAUGAAUCUGGAUACACUGAAAAGUCCACGGACGGUGAGUUCAAGGGUAUUGGCAAACAUGGUCAUGGAAAUGUGCAGCUGGCGCGGAUCCUGCAGUAUCUUGAGUGUCCACAGUACCUAAGGAAAGUUUUCUUCCCUCAACACAAGGACUUGCAGUAUGCAGGACUGUUGAACCCCUUGUAUUGUCCUCACCACAUGAGAGCCGAGGAGCAGACCCCUUACAGAGAGGGUGUGGUCCUUAACAAGCCCCCUAAAGAGGGGAGGGGCUCCUUCGUAAAUGUUGGUCUCCUAAAGGAUUGCCAAAUUGACAAACAUCUGAAGGCCGGGCUGAGGGUUACCGUGAAAAUGGAUAACUCUACGUGGGAUCGGAAGAACGUGAAAGGUGUUGUUGUUCCGCCCAGCCAGCCCCGGACUCACCAGGGCUUGUACUGGGGCUACACCGUACGCUUAGCCAACUCUCUCGGGACAGUGUUCACGGAAUGCCCGUACAAGGAAAUGUAUGACCUGACGAUUGGAACAUCAGACACUGGCAAGAGUGUUGACGAGUUUGAAGCUCCCACUAAAGAGUUCAGGCACGUGUUGAUUGUGUUUGGCGGCAUGCAUGGUCUAUCAGCCAGUCUGGAGUGUGAUGAAACACUGGAUAUGGAUGAUCCCAGUCUGCUGUUCCAACAUUACCUGAACACCUGCCCCGGGCAGGGGAGUAGUACCAUCAGAACAGAGGAGGCCAUCUUGAUAACCAUGUCUGCAUUACGACAAAAACUGUUUAGCCGACCAAAAGCCAAUGAUGACACUUGAUGAAUGGCAUGUAUGGGGUAAAAAAAUGGAAUAUCAGGAAGAUUAAAAUGACAUGUUUGGCAGAAAAUGCAAUAUCAUGGUGUUAUCAAUGGAAUAUCAUUGGUUUAAAAAGAAUAUAAUGAGGUUAAAAAAAGAAUUUCAUAGUUAAAAAUGGAAUGUCAUUGGGUUCAAAAUGGAAUAUCAGGCAUUUCAGGGACCUAUAUUUGUUUGUAUAGGUCCCUUGGCAUUUCAAGGAUUGUUCACAGAGCCGAAAAAGCAAUUAAAAAGUAACACACAUGAUGUUUUUUUAUAAUACAUAUAAAAGUUGCAACAUGUUGAAGAUUGUGUUGGAAUAACUUGUCAAUAUGUAUAUAUGUCAUUCAUGCAUGCAAUAUUACACAUGUUUGUUAUU